CGCAGGAUGGCGGAGCCGCCGGCCGCCCCCGGGUCGGAGGGCGAGGAGGGCCCGGUCCGCUUCGCCCGAAAGGGGGCCCUGAGGCAGAAGAACGUGCACGAGGUGAAGAACCACAAGUUCACGGCCCGGUUCUUCAAGCAGCCCACCUUCUGCAGCCACUGCACCGACUUCAUCUGGGGGUUUGGGAAGCAAGGAUUCCAGUGUCAAGUUUGCUGCUUCGUUGUACACAAGCGGUGCCAUGAAUUUGUUACUUUCUCCUGCCCGGGUGCUGAUAAAGGUCCUGCUUCUGAUGAUCCAAGGAGCAAGCACAAAUUUAAAAUCCACACGUACUCCAGUCCCACCUUCUGUGACCACUGUGGCUCAUUACUCUAUGGACUCAUUCACCAAGGGAUGAAAUGCGACACCUGUAUGAUGAAUGUCCACAAACGCUGUGUGAUGAACGUCCCGAGCCUAUGUGGAACAGACCACACUGAGCGCAGGGGACGGAUAUACAUCAAGGCGGAUAUAGAAAAAGAAGUUCUCACCGUUGUAGUAAGAGACGCCAGAAACUUAGUUCCUAUGGACCCUAAUGGCUUGUCAGACCCUUAUGUGAAACUUAAACUAAUCCCUGACCCAAAAAGUGAAAGCAAACAGAAGACCAAAACUAUAAAGUGCUCUCUGAAUCCUGAGUGGAAUGAGACUUUUAAAUUUCAGCUGAAAGAGUCGGACAAAGACAGACGGUUGUCAGUGGAGAUUUGGGACUGGGAUCUGACCAGCAGAAAUGAUUUCAUGGGGUCUUUGUCGUUUGGAAUUUCUGAGCUGCAGAAAGCAGGCGUUGAUGGAUGGUUUAAACUGCUGAGCCAGGAGGAGGGGGAAUACUUCAACGUCCCGGUUCCCCCCGAGGGAGAAGAAGGAAACGAGGAACUCAGGCAGAAAUUUGAGAGAGCCAGGAUUGGUCCAGGCGCCAAGGCAGCCGAGGAGAGGAUGACACAUGCGAUUUCCAAAUUUGACAACAAUGGAAACAGAGAUCGGAUGAAACUGUCAGAUUUUAAUUUCCUCAUGGUGCUGGGGAAAGGAAGCUUUGGAAAGGUCAUGCUCUCGGAAAGAAAAGGCACUGAUGAGCUCUAUGCAGUUAAGAUCCUGAAGAAGGACGUCGUUAUUCAGGAUGACGACGUGGAGUGCACGAUGGUUGAGAAGCGAGUGCUGGCUCUGGCUGGGAAGCCUCCGUUUCUAACACAGCUUCAUUCCUGCUUUCAAACAAUGGAUCGCUUAUAUUUUGUGAUGGAAUACGUGAAUGGCGGGGACUUAAUGUAUCAGAUUCAACAGGUUGGCAGGUUUAAAGAGCCACAUGCUGUAUUCUAUGCAGCAGAAAUUGCUAUUGGCCUAUUCUUCCUACAAAGCAAAGGCAUCAUUUAUCGAGACCUAAAGCUAGACAACGUGAUGCUGGAUAACGAAGGACACAUAAAGAUCGCGGACUUUGGCAUGUGUAAGGAGAACAUCUGGGACGGAGCAACUACCAAGACCUUUUGUGGCACUCCUGACUACAUUGCGCCCGAGAUCAUUGCUUAUCAGCCCUAUGGGAAGUCGGUGGAUUGGUGGGCAUUUGGAGUUCUGCUCUAUGAAAUGUUAGCUGGCCAGGCGCCCUUUGAAGGGGAAGAUGAAGAUGAACUUUUCCAGUCCAUUAUGGAGCACAACGUAGCCUAUCCCAAAUCCAUGUCCAAGGAGGCUGUGGCAAUCUGCAAAGGGCUAAUGACCAAGCACCCUGGCAAACGCCUGGGAUGUGGCCCUGAAGGGGAGCGGGACAUCAAGGAACAUGCCUUCUUCCGAUAUAUCGACUGGGAGAAACUCGAGCGCAAAGAGGUUCAACCUCCGUUCAAGCCAAAGGCUAAAGACAAACGAGACGCUUCCAACUUCGACAAAGAGUUCACCAGGCAGCCUGUGGAACUCACACCUACUGACAAACUCUUCAUCAUGAACUUGGAUCAGACUGAGUUUGCUGGAUUCUCCUAUACUAAUCCAGAAUUUGUCAUUAAUGUUUAGACAAGAUGCAAAUGCCACCUCCUGUGCUUGCAAUCCAAACCUUCAGAUCGCCUUGUAAAUAUCAACACUAGUCUUCCGGGAUUAACGGUGCAUACGUGUAUACACACCCUCAUUCCAAAUGUGGAGAUAACUUUUAUUUUAGGAAGCCUUUAUAUAGAUGUGUCACUUGCUAGAGUGGUUCCUACAUCUGGAAAUAUUUAGUUUGUGAGGUAACAGCAAGAGGUAAUACUUCUAGACGCUACCAAUCAUGCUAACCAACAGAAUUUUUAAACAGGUCUGAAUAUUGUCUCUAAAUACCAAAUUGCUACAGUCUUUGUAAUUUUUAAAAUCAGAUGCUGAGAUUCUGGUGAACUUUUAAUUAUUCAAAAUUGUUUCCUUGGAAUGCUAAGCAUGGUUGUUGUUUUAAACUGUUGUGCUGCAGCUUGCAAUGACUGUGAAGUUGUCUUAGAAGCUCCUUUUGUUCAAGAAUUGAAAGUUAAAUCUCAUCAGUGUGAAGAAGUCUGCAUAUAGACACAUUUACAUUUUUAAUGCAUUGUAUACACAGUCAAACUGGCUCAGUGAAGCUAGCUUCCUCUUUAGCCUCCUGUAAACGUGUGCAUUUCAAUACAAUAAUCAUUUUGUUCCUAUUACUCAGGCCUCACAUUACCAAAUGAAUUUCCUUCCAGUUCUAGGAAAUCAGAACACGUGUUUUUCCUAAGUAAAAAGUGGGAUUUUUUUUAAACAUCUGGAACAGUUUGCAGUUUUGAUAUACUAUGACAACAUUCAUAAAUCUUUCUCUUGUUUUUUUCACAGACACUGUUGAAAGUUAACAGCUCUGUAAAGGAUAUUAAUAUUCUACCAAAACACAUGCAUUUGCAAGCUCAGUUUACAGUUUAGCAACUGAAAAUAUGCCCAUUAGGAGAGGGCACUAUUGAGGUCUAUUUCUAAAGGUAACUUUUUUAUAGUAUACACCCUUUGCUAUUAUCUAGAUGCACAAUGUAAUUAAUUUUCCACAUGCCUCAGUUUACAUAGUUUUACUCCAAAUUUCUGUUUUCAAGGUUUUAUUUAGUAACCCAGGACCAGAGCUAUCAUUUUAGAAAUUCUAAAUUUUACAAAAAUAUUCCAGCUGAUAUUUUUAAUAAAUAAUUUCAAGAUGCAUGUAGCAAUGUGCUAUAUGGAAGAGCAAAGUCAGACAAGGUCAACUGCUAGUCCUUCAGCUGGCUAGCUAUUCUUACUCUUUCUUUAGGCACAAAUACAAGAAUUAAGUGUGUACAUUUGGAAACAAUGAUUGUUAGUCUUGUCUCGCUGUAUGCAAGUUGGGUUGGUUUCCAAUAAUUUUUUUGUUUUUAAACAGUAGCAAUUUGAAUAAAUGUGUAUUUACAUUAAUGAAUAUAGUGAAAAAUAGAGGUGGGAAUCUUAUGAGUUAUAUGGAAUCCUAUAGAGAAAAUAGUGGUUUGUAGGUCUUUUAUAAACCUCAAACUUUGCCUUUUGAAUAUUUUUUUAAAAAGGAUUGAAGGGAAAAAAGCUGCUAAACACUAGAAACAAAUGUUUUUAGCUCAUCCAUGGGCCAUGAAAAGUGUCCAAACAACCCUAGAUUACUCUGUUCCAUUCCUGAAUUUAAUGGAGGCCAGACUUGCUGCUUCUUUGGAGCAUGGUGUAUUCUUGGUCUCCUUGAGCAUGCAAUGAUCUGUAUUUGAGGAGGCAAAAUUAAAAAAAAAAAAAUUAAAACUGCAAAUUGUGCCAGAUCAGUUAGGAGGUACAUGGGGAACUUUGCAUCAUGCCACGACCAGGGAAGAUUUUGGUUUGAAUUUAUUAUGAGAGUUCUCAUAACUCCAGUGUAUAUUGCAGAAGAUGCCUUAGUUUCUUCUGCAGAUCACAGCUGACUUGUGUUACUGUAACUGUCAAAUAUAUUGCUACAAAGUUAGUAUUACUUAAACGGUGAAUGUUUGUUUUUUUUUAAUUUGUCUCUCUUGUUUUUUAAAAUUUUAAUACCCUGCCGCAUCCUGUUUGAUCAUGGAAUAUCGUGAUUUACUUUAUGGCAAGGAAGGUACCAUGGUAACUUUACCGUAUGCAAUUUUUUUACAUGCAGUCUAGAGAAGGGGCUUUUGUUUUAGACAUUUCUGUAUGUUUGAGUGACAAUUCUGCAUGGAGUGAGAUUUGCUUAAAAGCUAAAGAACACGGUCACCUUCUACCACAAGAACUUCCUACAGCCCCCAUCCUACAAACAGUUACACAUGGGCUUAACUGUGCUCAUGGGAGUAGUCUGGGGUUGCGCACACGGGUAGAGCUAAGCACAUGUAUCAGUGACUGCAAGACCAGCACCUAAGCUCCCAGUCCUCGACCCCCUCUUUGGCAAGGCCUGAUCCAGAGUCCAGUGAAGUCCAUGCAUAAAGCUACUCAUCCGCUUCGCAGUCUGCAGGACCAGGCCUUUGAGUUUGUUCAUCCAGGCGCUGCCUGUCCUGCCAAUGCCCAAAGAUUUUUUUCAAGUUUUGUUUUAGACUGUUUUAUGGACACGUGUGAAAUGGAAAAAUCUGCCCAGCAGCUGACAUGCAGAUUUGUAAGGAUGCUGCCACGGAAGGACAAAGUGACAAGCCUUGACAUGGUUGACUCUGCUUGCUGCAGUUUGCUGACUGAAACUUUAUGGAAGAUGGAAAAAGAACUAGCACUUUGGGAGGAUCUUAACCACUGAGAGACUUCAGACAAGCCCUGCCAGCACUCGUGUGUGCUGCGGUCUGAAUAACAUUGUGUAAAAAUGACAGCAGGACAGAUCGCCCCCUUGGAAUGCACUUUGGCAUGGCUCCGUCAGAGACCAAGCGUGCAGGCUGGAGGGGGGCUUGGAAAGAGAAGAGUCUAGAAAUAUGAUGGCAAGGAUGCUCAAAGGGGAGUCCCACGAGCCUGAGACUAAAAGAGGAGGACUCCAUACUGGAGAGCAGGGAGCUCCUGACAGGUCACUCAACCAGAGGAAUAAUUCUCCAGGGGAAUUUACUAUGGUGAAGGAAGAUCCCCUUCCACCUCUGUAAGUGUCUACACGACUAACUGUGCUACAGCAGCACACCUGGGCCACUGCCACCUUUCUAGUGUAGACGUCAGAGGGUUAGAUUUCAUAUGUAGAACAGUCUAGCAGAGGCAGGGCUGAAUUAAGAGUCACGGUGAUGAUCACAGAGCCUGAUUCUGGUCCCUCACUGGAUUUACACUGAUGAUUUCAUUCAUGCCACCCCUGAUUUACCCCAGGGUAAUUUACCUCCUGUGGCUCUCCAAGAGGCAGCCUGGUGAUGUCAGGAUGGGGUGCACUGCCCUCUUUAGAGAGAGUGCUGUGUAAUCGUUUCUUCUGGACGGGGAGCAGGAAGUGCUCCGAGAGAGGUGUGUCUAAAGCUGGCAGCCAGGCUGAGCAGACUGUUGGGUGAGCUGCUCCUGUGUUCAAAGGCUGAUGUCUUUCUGAACCCCAAGAUUACUGUAAAGGAGGUGAGCCCUCACUCCUCUGCCUGUGCAUGGAAUCCGUACCUUUGAACAUCACAGGCACAGGGGUGUCCAGGGAACUCAGGUGGUUUCGCUAUUUUCUGUUUGCCCCUUAUGUUGGUCUAUGGCCCAUUGGUCAGCGUCUGUGUAAGUCAGGCCCCUAAGAGGCAUUACCCAGAACUGUCCCAAAAUGGAGCCUUGAGUAGGUCAUGCAUUCAGCAUUGUGUUUAGCUGGUGUCUCCCUGGGGUUGUUGGGUAGUUGUAUGCAAAGUAGAACAUAUGCAGUUUGAGCUCAGGUACAGCAGCUGUUGAGGC